CUGGCCUUGGCGUUGGUGUGAGCAGAGUCCGAAGUCAGCCCCAGCCCCAGUCCCAGCCCGGCGGUCUCUGCCCCGUCCCGGAGCACGACCCGAUGACCAGUUUGCCACAGGCAGGGAAUCGCCUGCCACAGCUCCUCCCGAGACCCACCAAACUUUCAGUCCUCAAGUGGAGGUCUGAAGAGUCCUCGAAUUUCCCAGCUAUGUCAGAACAGACUGUAUAGAAACUGGAUUUCAGUCAAAGUUCAUAAACCAUGACUGCUCAUGAAGUUAACAAGAAAUGCAGCAAAACCUGAUGAAAUCAGCUGUGGUCGUGCAGUGAUGGUCCUGCUCUUGUCCGCAACGGUGUCUCUCCUGGGCGGGCUGAUAUUUGGGUACGAGCUGGGGAUAAUCUCUGGUGCACUGCUGCAGUUGCAGGUGGACUUUCACCUCAGCUGCUUCAAGCAAGAAGUUGUCGUGAGCGCCGUCCUCAUCGGAGCACUGCUGGCCUCUCUGGCCGGGGGGGUGCUCAUCGACCGCCACGGCCGGAGGAGAGCGAUCCUGGUCAGCAACGUGGUCCUGUUGGUUGGCAGCCUUAUCCUCACGCUGGCCAGGUCAUUUAUGGUGCUGGUCAUUGGGCGCAUGACCGUGGGCUUUGCCAUCUCUGUCUCAUCCAUGGCCUGCUGCAUCUACGUCUCAGAAAUGGUGGCUGCUCACCGGCGAGGGCUGCUGGUGUCUCUCUACGAAGCCGGUAUCACCGGGGGCAUCCUGCUGUCCUACGCGCUGAAUUAUGUCUUUGCGGACGUGGAGGAGGGAUGGAGGUACAUGUUUGGGCUGGCCAUUGCCCCGACAGCCAUGCAGUUCCUCAGCAUCCUCUUUCUCCCAGUGAACCCUGUUAAAUUAAGCUCGUGGGACUCAGACUGCCAGAAGGGCCUCAUUCCGUUGCAGGACACUGAGGACAGAGCGGCAGCGAAGCGGGAGCCCUGUCAGGGGAAGCAUUACUCAUUCCUUGACCUUUUCAGGACCAGAGACAACAUGAGAAGGCGGACUCUGGUGGGCCUGGGACUGGUGCUCUUCCAGCAGUUCACUGGGCAGCCCAAUGUGCUGGGCUAUGCCUCCAAAAUCUUCCACUCGGUGGGGUUCCAGAGCAACUCCUCGGCAAUCCUGGCCUCAGUUGGGCUGGGAGCGAUCAAGGUGGUGGCCACGCUGGUCGCAAUGGCCUUGGCAGACAAGGCUGGCAGGAGAGUGCUGCUCCUGGCUGGCUGUGUGGUGAUGGCCAUCUCGGUCACCACCAUCGGCCUCACUAGCCGCAUGGCCCCGCUGGCCAUGGCCAGGGACUGCAAGGCACCCACCGACCCCAACGCGUCCCUCAGCCUCACUGAGCACCCCCUGACAUCUGCAUUCCCCCAGUCUGCUGCGUCACCCCUCCCACCAGCAUCGGGUGCUGUCAAAAGUCAGGCAGCCCCUGGUUUUGCUGCCACAAGGAGCCUUACAAAAGUUUUUGCCAGUACCCAAAGCAAAGAGGUUGUUCCCAGUUCUUCCCUCAGGCAGAAAAGGGGCUUGGUGGGUCAGUCCACAAAAGGGACAGUGGGAAGCACGGGCCCUCCUCUCACUGGUGCUCCCUGGGCACGACAUACGGUCUUAAAUUGGAUUACACUGCUGAGCAUGAUGGCUUUCGUGAGCGCCUUCUCAAUUGGAUUUGGGCCAAUGACCUGGCUGGUCCUCAGUGAGAUUUACCCUGCUGGGAUAAGAGGAAGAGCCUUUGCCUUCUGUAACAGCUUUAACUGGGCUGCUAAUUUACUGAUCAGCCUCUCCUUCCUGGACCUUAUUGAUGCCAUUGGAUUCUCUUGGAUAUUUCUUCUCUAUGGACUGAUGGGAGUGAUGUCUGUUAUAUUCAUUUACCUUUUUGUUCCGGAAACAAAAGGACAGUCCCUAGAGGAGAUAGACCAGCAGUUCUCCAGGAAAAGGGUUUGGGAAGGAAAGGUGUUCAAGCAGAGACGUGGACGAGGAGUGAGCUGCACACACGCACAGUACCAGAGAGUGGAGCACACCAACAGCCCAUGAAACCAUCAACGUGCCUGCAGCACUGUCUGAGCAGCUUUUCCAGGAGAGGAGCAGGCUGGGCCAUCAGGACAAUUCUUUUCCACGGCCUUUAACUGGUGACCUCUGCUCACAGACAGUUCUCCCUGCAGUGCCUUAGCUGUGGGGACAUGCAGAUAGCUGUCCUUUGGAUCCUUGGAGGAUCGUUGUUCCCCGGCAGGGAGCACAUCCUUCCUUUGACGUCUUUAAUUCUUCAUCAUUUUUACCUCUCAUCGUUUAAGAGAUUAAUUUUUUUUGUACGCAGGGAUUAAAACACAACUUUUGCCGGCGGUGCUCUCCCAUCGGCCAGGUUC